UGAUAUUCACUCCGAUUAUUACAUCAUCAUCAUCAUCAUCAUCAUCAUCAUCAUCAUCAUCAUCAUCAUCAUCAUCAUCAUCAUCAUCAUCAUCAUCAUCAUCAUCAUCAUCAUCAUCAUCAUCAUCAUCAUCAUCAUCAUCAUCAUCAUCAUCAUCAUCAUCAUCAUCAUCAUCAUCAUCAUCAUCAUCAUCAUCAUCAUCAUCAUCAUCAUCAUCAUCAUCAUCAUCAUCAUCAUCAUCAUCAUCAUCAUCAUCAUCAUCAUCAUCAUCAUCAUCAUCAUCAUCAUCAUCAUCAUCAUCAUCAUCAUCAUCAUCAUCAUCAUCAUCAUCAUCAUCAUCAUCAUCAUCAUCAUCAUCAUCAUCAUCAUCAUCAUCAUCAUCAUCAUCAUCAUCAUCAUCAUCAUCAUCAUCAUCAUCAUCAUCAUCAUCAUCAUCAUCAUCAUCAUCAUCAUCAUCAUCAUCAUCAUCAUCAUCAUCAUCAUCAUCAUCAUCAUCAUCAUCAUCAUCAUCAUCAUCAUCAUCAUCAUCAUCAUCAUCAUCAUCAUCAUCAUCAUCAUCAUCAUCAUCAUCAUCAUCAUCAUCAUCAUCAUCAUCAUCAUCAUCAUCAUCAUCAUCAUCAUCAUCAUCAUCAUCAUCAUCAUCAUCAUCAUCAUCAUCAUCAUCAUCAUCAUCAUCAUCAUCUACUGUUAUAGAAAGAAACUGUUCAGAUAUGGUGAUAUACGUGAUUAAGUUUCAUCUCAGAAUAUAUUAA